AUGGGCCAGUGGAUGGAAAGAGCUGGGGGGGAGAGGGUGGUGAUAGGGGGUGAUAUGAAUGUGAGAACCGGCAAAGGAGGCGGAGGGGGGGAAAGAUGGGAAGUAGGGGAGAGGGAAACGGUGAGGAGGUCAAAAGAUGAGAUAGAGACGAAGGAAGGGAAAGAAUGGUGUAAGUUUGUGAAGGAGAGAGGAUGGAGGGUAGUGAAUGGAAGUGUGGAGGGCGAUAGGGAGGGUGAGUGGACGUUUGUGGGGGGAAGGGGUAAGUCGGUGAUUGAUUACGUGAUAGUGGGGGAGGAAGUAUGGGAAAGAGUUAAGAGAAUGGAGGUGGUAAGCAGGGUGGACUCGGACCACAUGCCGGUCGUAGUAUGGCUGAAGGGGAGGGAGGGGAGAAAAGGCGGGGGAAGGAAAAAGGAGGGGAAGGGGAAGGAGGGGAGAGGAGUGUGGACGGAGAGGGGAGUGGAAAAGUUUCAAGAGGAGUUUGGGAGGUGGGAGUGGGAGACGGAGAGCGUGGAAGAGGGAUGGGAGGAAAUGAGGGAGAGAAUAAAGAGAGCGAUGAGGAAGUCAGAGGAAGAGAGAGUAGAGGAGAGGAGGGGGGGUUGGUGGGAUGACGAAUGCAGAAGGGCGAAGGAGGAGGUGAGGAGGGAAUUGGAGAGGUGGAAGAGGGAGGGCAGGGAAGAGGAAAGGUACAGGCAAGAGAAGAGGAAGUUCAGGAGAAUGUGCGAAGAAAAGAAAAAGAAGGAGAGGGAAAGAUGGGAAAGAGAGAUAGAAGGGAUAAGGACGGAAGGUCAGGUAUGGGAGGUGGUAAAUAGGGGAAGGAAGAAGAGAAAGGGGGUGAAUAAAAAGAUAAGGAGGGAGGAAUGGGAUAGAUACUUCAGAGAAGGGCUGGGAGGGGUAACAGAAAGAAUAGUGAGAUGGGUGGAAAGAAGAAGGGAAGGAGAGGAAGGGGAGGAAGGGGAGAUAACAACGGAAGAGGUGAAGAAGGCAAUAAGGAAGUUGAAGGACAAAAAGGCGGUGGGGGAGGAUGGGAUCCCGAACGAGGUGUGGAAGUACGGGGGGGAGAGGGUGGUGAAUAGUCUGAAGAGGAUGUGUGAAAAGGUGUGGAAAAGUGAGGGGUGGCCAGAAGGUUGGAAGGAAGGGAUAGUGGUGCCAGUGGUAAAGAAAGGGGAAGGGAAGAGGGUGGAGGAAUACAGGGGGGUAACGUUAACGCAGACGGCAUACAAGGUAUGCGUAGGGAUGCUGGCAGAAAGAUUGAGGAAGGAGGUGGAGGAGAAAGGUAUGAUGCCAUGCAGUCAGGCAGGUUUCAGGGAAGGUAUGGGAACGAUGGACAACGUGUACGUGCUGAAUUAUAUGAUAAAUAGGGAAAUAACGGAAAGGAGGGGGAAGUUGGUGUUGUUGUUCGUGGAUUUGAAGGCGGCUUUCGACUCGCAAGGAAAGGUACUUUAG